GCUCUUUUACCAUGGAAGUAAAAGAGGCUCAAGAAAUACUCGACAUCCACCGAUGUUGAACCAGUUCUUCAUCAUCAUGUGCAUAAAAAGUCACGAAUCCUUUGCAAAAAGCUAAUAAGAGAGAGUUGAAUAAUUUGGAAAUCAAAGAAAAACGGAAGAAGACGAAACACAACGAGAGAUCUGAGGAGAUGGAGAAAUAUGAGAAGGAAAUAGAAAAAUUGAGGAAAUCUUUGAAAGAGAUGACUGAAACAGUUCAAGUACUACGGCUGAUUAUUCAAACAAGUGCCAAACGACCUAAACCAUUCAGAAACCGUGAUGUGUGCAAUUUCGGAGAUAAAGAUCAUGAGGGAAACAAUAAUCGGACCCUUUUUUGUCGAGGAUUUGAUAUUUCCGUUCCUAGGCAUGAAAUCAAGAGAGCGUUGUGGAAACAUUUCAGUUCAUGUGGAAAGGUCAAAAGGGUUUAUGUUCCCAUAGAGUGUGCUACCGGUGUUGCCUUGGGAUUUGCUCUCAUUGAUAUGGCAAAACAUUCUACUAGGGGAUUAAAACUCGACGGAAGUGUCUUGGGAGGACGGAUCCUCUGUGUUAGAAAUCCUUGUGUCACAAGAUAAUGAUAAUUUAGUAAUGGUAGACAUAGCUUAAUAAUAUGUAGUUUAGUUAUCAAAUUAUUGACCAAAUUGGUUUUUGAUUUAUGGUUUAAAUGCUCGGUUAUCCUAAACCGGCCUACUGAUUGUGACACCCACUUUUUUGACG